AACAAAGUUGUCAACUAGCAUAUGUAUGUAUAACUUUAAAUGCUUAUGGUUCGUCAGGCGUCAGUAACAUAAAGCGUUUUAAUGAAUUGAUUGAUGAACACUCUCGUUUUCUAAAAGUCUCAUAAUGCGAAAAGCUCAGUCUGCAGGUGGAGGAGCGUCGAGUGAAGCAGUGCUGCAACUCAGCGCGCUCUUGGAGAGAUACGAGCAUCACUGCCUGCGGACGAGAAGCAGCAUCAGUGCGGAGCUCAAACUGGACAUCCUUCACCAUAUCGACACACAGCAGCCUCUCAGAAAGAUAACGCUGUCAUUUCCCGAGUUGGAGCCUUCAGAUACUCUUCCUCCCAGCCUUCAGCCACUCUUAAUGGCAAUCCGAGAUGAACGUUACACACAUGUGCAGGAAUUCCAUAUCUGGAGCCUGUCUCUCAAGCAAACAGACGUAGUUGAGCUGUGUUUUCUUAUGGAGAAGCGGGGAACAACGGUGUAUCCCUUCAGAUUACUGGAGCUGCUAGAUUGCAGACUGUCUGAAUGGUCAAUGAAAAGAUUGGGCAAAGCUUUAGCCACAGGCUACCUGACCACACUCUGUCUGGACUACACACAUGUGGGACAAGAAGGGUUGAAAGGUUUGCUGAGUGGAGGUUUGGGAUCCCGACAAAUAUGUUCCCUGAGUUUGUGUUAUUGUGGUUUGGGUUCAUGGAGCGGAACUCUGCUUGCUUCACUCCUCACCAACAGUCCUGUGAGCUGCUUAUGUGUCUUAAUGGGCCACGGGGUUCAAGAGAAAAAGGGAGUGGAUCCUCACAAAAUGAAGCUAUUUUGA